GUACUUGGAAGUCGGAUGAAGAAUUCUUUCGCCCGUGGCGCUUUCUGUGAGCACUCAUUAACAAUUAAAGCUUGGAAACAAAUUGCACUAGGGUUAUCUUACUGUCAACAACAACUUUUGGCCCUUUCUGGAAAGUACCUGUCAACGGCUUCACAGUCGGUUUUCCCGACAUUGAUCUCAAAACGGAAAUGGACUCAAUUCGCCUUUACGAUUUCGAAUCCACUUAGAAGGAUGUCAGAAAAUGGGGCAUCAACAUCUAAACAUAUUGAUGGGAGUGAGCUUCCAUUCAAAAAGCCGAGGCAUAUAUUAAAAUUCCAUGGAAGUUACCAAUUGAAGCAAGAGGAAGAGGGUGUCGAAGAAGGGCAAUGUUCCGCCUUAAGUAAUUUAUCAGAGGCUGACAGGCCUCUCAGAAGGAAUGUCUCUUUCAUCGAAUGGCACACCCAGCAGAUGGCAAAGGCGCUUUUUGAUAAUACAAUCAACAGUAUGAUCGAAGAGGUCGGCUUUCCACUUCCUGAAAUUGAAAACCUAAUUCACGACGAAUGCUACCUAGAAGACGAAGCUGUCAGAAUGGCGAUUAGAAGCCACGGCCUUCAAAAACCUUGUUCUUGCACUCAAAAACGGCACAAUCGUCCUCUGCCCGAAAACAUUCCCUUUCAUCAGAGAAAUAAUUUUAUCGUGGAAGAUGAUCCGUCCACUUCUUUAAAAUCAUCUCUUGAAGCUGAUAUCCUGUCAGAAGCUGUUACCAUCGCCAUACAGAAAAAAGGCUUGGGUGCAUCUCAAAACGGCAGUCUCUAAAACUACAUAGGGGUUAUAAAUUAUAUAUGUAUCUUUACUGGGGAUAGAUAUUUAUAUUAACAGUUUUAUAUGUACUGCUGAUCUGAUGCCUUUAUAUACAAA